AUGUUUUUUCUCCCACCAGCAGAUAGCGUAUUUCGAAAGCGAAAGUACUUAAUUAAUGCGAAUACAAAUGCAAAAGAGAAGCAAGUACGCCAAUGUAUAUCAUGUUACAAUGUAUAGCAAGCUAACUUUUAUGGUUGUAUGUUUGUUGAGUUAACUAGCAUGCUAGCUGCACUGUUUACAUGCCUGUAUUAGUUCCAAUGACAACUAGCUAAUAGUUUCCUUGUAUUUCAACACAUAGCAAGUUAGUUUGUUCACAUUGCUUUAGUUAAGACCGUACAAUGACCGGUGCCUCCACUUUCAAGUAAUUGCUGGUCUAAGUGAUGUUCAGAUUGACCGGUCUGUAUAGUAUAGUACGCAGGGCAGUCUGCAAUGGCACAGAGGACAUGGUGAAAGGCAAAUUCUUCUACGCUGUGAGGAAAGGAUUAAAACCUGGAGUUUACCAAACUUGGGAUGAAUGUAAGAGCCAAGUUGACAAGUUCCCAUAUGCCAGCUACAAGAAGUUUGCAGCAGAAAAGGAUGCCUGGGCAUUCGUCAGAAGCGUAGCAACGUCGAUAACUCCAGACGUAAAAGAGGGAGCCAGCUAUGAGGCAACACUCCCUAGAAGAGCACCGGAGGCCAUUGAGUAUAUACCCAUUUGUCAGAAGCGGCACUAUUGUCACAUAGACGAGGAGGGGGUGUCCCCUGCCAAACGAGCCAAACCGAGUCAAGACAGCAGCUCAUCUUCAAAAAGCUCUGAUGGAUUCACCUACAUUGGUGAUGCAGUGGUGGUGUACACAGAUGGUUGCUGUUCAGGCAAUGGGAAGGCCGGGGCCCGAGCUGGCAUCGGAGUGUACUGGGGACGUGACCAUCCUCUGAAUGUAGCUGAACCACUGGAUGGAAGACAGACCAACCAGAGAGCCGAAUUACAGGCAGCAUGUAAAGCCUUGGAGCAGGCCAAAGAGAUGAACAUCAAGAAGUUGGUGCUCUAUACAGACAGCAAGUUCACAAUAAACGGUGUCACCAGCUGGGUGAAGAACUGGAAGCUGAACAACUGGCGACUCAACUCUGGUGGCCCCGUCAUCAACAAAGAGGACUUUGAAAAACUUGACGUGUUGAAUGAAGAGCUGGAGGUUGUAUGGUUGCACAUCCCAGGCCAUGCUGGGUACCUAGGAAACGAGGAGGCCGACAGGCUGUCCAGAGAGGGAGCAGCGAAACACUUAGAUUAGCCAAACGGAGGUUAUUGAACAGCCCAUUGAACAUUUUUGUUUCUAUUAAAUAAAGUCUAAGAUGCAUCCUGUU